UGUGUGCUGUCUGUGUUUUGGGGGCUUGUUGCUGGGGCUACUGCUGUCCUGUGGGGGAGUGACUCAAUCUGCCUCUCGGAGUCGUUUGCCAGGGGGAGGGGGAGAGAAGAGGCAAGGGGCAGCGCAAGCCGAGAAGAGAGAACACGAACACACUCACUGUCCUGUCCUUUUUUCCCCUCUCCUUCACUUCUCUCGACGAAGAAGAAGAGGAUAGCGAAACUUGAAGUAGCACCAGAAGAAGGAAGGCUUCCAAAUCCUUCCUCCCUUCGCUCCGCCCUCUUCUUUCCUUCCUUCCUUCCUCCCUUUCUUCAUGCGUCCCCAUCAUUAAGUACCCAUCCCAUCCCUCGCUUGGCUCUCUCGCUCGCCCGUGUUGCAGGAUCGAUCUGAUCUCCUCGACUCUGAUCGCUGCAUAAAUCAGGAGGAUCGUGGACGCCAUUGGAAGAGGACGAAGACGCAGCAGACGAUCGAUGCUGGCAGGGCCGGACAGGAAAGCAGAGCACUAGAGGAGAGAGAGAGAGGGAGGAGAAGGAGGAGGAGAGGGUGCUUGCUCGUGGGGUGGAGUCAUGGCAUCCCGCUACUGUCUGAUUUCGCUUCCCUUGCAGGAUUCCGUACCUAAUACGUGGUCACUUUUGCAGAACAGUAUCAAUAAAGUGGCCUUCGACAUUCCUACUUACAAGUUCCAUAUUCCGGAACUGAGGGUUGGAACUUUGGACUCACUCCUCACUCUUAGCGAUGAUUUGUCAAAGGCCAACUCUGUCGUCGAAGCAAUUACGCACAAAAUUCGGCGACAGAUUGAGGAGUUGGAGCGUGCUACAGGACACGAGAAUACGUCAUUGACCGUGGAUGGAGUACCGAUCGAUUCGUACAUCACAAGGUUUAGCUGGGAUGAAGCGAAAUAUCCAGUCAUGUCUCCACUCAGAGAAACCGUGGACACCAUUCAUGAAACUGUCGUCAAGCUGGAGGAUGACCUCAAGGUCCGGGUGGCAGAGUACAACAAUGUCAAGAGUCAGCUGACUGCUAUCAACCGGAAGCAGACUGGCAGCAUGGCCGUGCGGGACCUUUCUAACCUCUUACACCCUGAAGAUAUCGUUUCCUCCGAACAUCUGACCACUCUUCUUGUGGUUGUCGGCAAGUAUUCACAGAAGGAAUGGUUGACAAGUUACGAAGCGAUCUCAACCUUCGUGGUACCACGUUCUUCUAAGAAAAUUCAUGAGGACAACGAAUAUGCUCUUUAUACUGUGGUUCUGUUUAGACGAGUCUCUGAUACAUUCAAAACUGCAGCCCGAGAAAAAGGAUACCAGGUACGUGACUACGAGUUUGACCCAGAAAACAAGCAACAAAAGGAAGAGGAGCUGAAACGUCUGAGCGAGGACCAAGAGAACUUACGGAGCUCAUUGCAACAAUGGUGUUAUGCCAGUUACGGAGAGGUCUUUAGUGCCUGGAUGCAUAUUUGUGCUGUUCGGAUCUUCACCGAGAGCAUUUUGAGAUACGGGCUUCCACCUGCUUUUUUGGCAGCCGUUUUGGCCCCUAGUUCUAAAAACGAGAAGAAAGUUCGUGUAGCGCUGGACAAUCUUUCUAACAAGGGCGGCAACAACAGCUCCUUUUGGAAGGCAGACGACGAUUCCGUAGGGAUGGCAGGUUUAACCGGUGGAGACACAGAAGUCCAUCCCUAUGUAUCCUUGACUGUCAACCUAAGUGCUUAGGGUUGUUCUGUUUAGAAAAAGUUUCCUUGAUUCAAUUACCUUCUACAAACAGAUCCACAAUAAAGGCCAGUGUUGUACAUGUGUUUGAGAGUGAAGCAAACUGGCCAAACGGACUUUAUCGUCCUGUAGUAAACUGGAAUUGUAUUUUAUCGGAAAUUGCUUUGUCGAGGUGCGGUAUCGUUCCCUCCUCUCCUCCCUCUUUACCUCUCUCAGCCUAUUUAUAUCUUGAGCUUCACAUCUAUAACCAGUUAGUAAUACCGGACUGUAGUAUGUGCCUGCUGAGUACACGGAUGCGAGCUUGUAACCUUACAGUGGGGAUACUUGGAGCUGAAGUCAUAUUAUGUUGUAUAUUGUUUGUUUCAUGCCCUGAAGGGUUUUUGUUGACAUCUAAAUUCAAACAUUGAGUGAGAGAUUCACUUCAAUACUGAGUCCCUCUGCACGAAUCAAAUACAGGGUAGAUGGGCGCUACUAUUGAUCCCAGAAGCCCUCAGGAUUGAGACCCAAGUGUUACUUACUGUUGCUAUUAAAAGAGAAGAUGACAGAGGACAAAUCCAAAAACUCUCCAACGAAUGUGACAGCCUUUCUUCCCUCGACCAAACGGAAGGUGUGAACAUACUGGCCUUCUUUAGCUGAAGGCAGAAUCAUGAUCAUGAAGCUUGAAGCAGCCCAUUUCGAGACCCUUGUCCCAAGUGAUGAUAUGCUGAACUAGAGUGGACGAUUAGAUCACGAAGUCAGAGCGAACUUUAAAAAAAAAAACAUAGUUGACAUUCUGACAUUGCCAAGAGUACUGUGCCUACUUGUAUCAUCUCCUACCUCGGUCAUUUACUCCCAACAAUACC